CAGCGGCGGCUCUAUCUCGGUAAAAGUUCCCCACCACCCCUCCGAACCCUCCCUUCACGCCUACCCAGGGCUCAGAGUAUAUGUGAUUCCAGCUCGCUUCCAGGCUAUAGUUCAUGACCCAGGGUCACAGUUUCUACCAACCGCAGCUUCCUUGACCAAAUCUUACAGCCAUGCCUCCAUCACGCAAGCCUGUCCAUCGUGCACUGCUGUUGCUGCCGCCUGCGCCCUCACCACCGUCAUAUGCUGCGCUCAAGGCCGCCUACAACUCACCCUUGUUCACUGUCUUGAGAGAGCUGGCCACAUCUCCUCGCGUAUCAAAAGAACCCACCGUUUUAGAAAUUGCACUGCCAUGCCCGCAUCUGUACGGACAUCUAGAUGCGCCCCGCGGCGUACACUAUGCGACUACUCAACAAUUGGUUGCCGACCUCUACAAGCUCAUCUGCAUCACGGCUAGUAGAGAAUCUAUCGAUACAGAAGACUCUGAGGGCGUUGAUGCUCGCGUCAUAUUAGUCGCAUAUCCUCGGGAUGGCCAAUUGACGACGCCGCUGCCCGAUUCAUCUCCUGAGCAGGAACUCCAAGGCCCUGCUAUCGAUAUCCAUACGCUAGCCCGGAGUUCUCGGUCAUGGGAUACUAUCUACUCGGUCGAGAGCGAGGAAGGGGAGCGCGUACUAAAAAGCUUUCUUUCUUUAUCCCAAACUCAGACGCCCAUAUCUAAAGUUCGCGGUGGCAUUGUCAGUGUAGAAACCCCAGAAUCAUCAUCGUCUACCGGUAACUCAGACAACUCAAUCAACCACAUGUCCGUUGCCGUCGGAGGCACUUUUGAUCACCUCCACAUUGGUCACAAACUACUGCUCACCAUGUUUGCCUUCAUGUUGGGAAGACGACAAGCAUCUCCUUCUGACACAACUUCCAGCGUGCUUACCGUUGGAAUUACUGGAGAUGCUUUGCUAGUAAAUAAAAAGUUCGCAGAGCACCUCGAGAGCUGGAAAGAGCGUCAAGAAUCGACACACAACUUCCUUUCAUCUAUCGUCUACUUUGGCCCCCCAGGCGACGAGCGUAUCCACGUUGAAGAGAUCAAGGAACCCGGGCCGAACGGACAUGCCGUCCACGUCAGCUAUCCUUUUGGGCUCACUAUUAAAUACGUCGAGAUCUGGGACCCUUUCGGCCCAACAAUCACUGACAAAGAAAUUUCUGCCCUGGUGCUCUCUCUUGAAACAAGGGGAGGAGGUGCUGCUGUGAACAACAAGCGCAGUGAGCAGGGAUGGAAUCCCCUCGAUAUUUUUGAGGUUGCCGUUCUCGAUGCCAGCGAGGAAGGCAAUGUAGACGAGACGUUCCAGAGCAAGCUGAGCAGCACCGAGAUUCGUCGUAAAAGGAGCGAACGUGUUCAAUCCAGGGCGAAAGCGUGAACCAUGUUGAUCAGGGUCUGAGCAGGGAGAUGAAAGAGACACGUCUCGGAGUGUUUGUUGGCAGACAGUAUGUGAGCAGAGGCGUUGUCGACUUCCCAUGUCGACAAGUUGACGAAGCAGGAGGUUGUCUAGUGUCAUUUCUUGUGCGACAUUGCACGACAGUUGCGUGCGCCAAAGCCACACGACCGCGCAGGUCCGCAUGACAUUACCAGGGCCGGCAUAGGGCUUGUGAAGCAACACGUCGCCAUAGUCGACAGUCUGAAUGCAUUAGAGCGUCAUCAUGUGCGAGCUGACUUACGGAUGUAGACUCUCCGUAAUGAAUGUCUUUGACGCAUGCGAAACAGGAGAGAAUGACGCGCUUCUACAGCAUAAUUACAUUGCACUCUUGACCACCCGUUUCAGCCCACUAUGAGGCUCCCAAGCUCUGUGUC